AAAAAAAAAAAAAAAAGAAGGAAGGUGGCAUGCUAGACUAAGUUUGGCCCUCAGGUUUUAAGAAUCUUGGUCAGGGGGCUCACUUGGCAGGUUCCACCUCCCCCUCACUGUACCCAGCCCCACCUUCCUCAUCCCUGCUCUUCUCUGCACACCCUGUGUUCACCCAACAGGCCAGUCCUGAUCACUGCGCAGGGGUCCACUGCUCUGGCCUCCCAGCCACCCAGCUGCUUUUGCUGCCUCCCCAGGCCUGGAUUACCGGUGACUUCUGGCUGUUCUGUCCCCAACCCUUGGCCUCAGAAUUUGGCUUGAGAAAUUCCCCAAGUCCAGCAGCCCUCACCCCUGACAAGUCAAUCUUGGUUAACUAGAGAAGUAUUGUGCUGAGUGAGGACACCUGGGUUAUAGUGCUAACUCUUGUUCCGAGUCCCAGGCCAGUUACUUGACCUCUCUGAGCCUCAGAUAUUGAAAACAAAAGAUGACUCCUGACUUUUAAGGCUUGUUUUGAGGAUUAAAUGAACUAAUUUGCCAGUACCCCAAACAAAAUGUGUUUUAUUGGUAUGUUAAGGCUGUGUGGGUGGAGGGCAGGACUUAUCAGAGCAUUUAAUAUGUUCAUGUAUGGUAAGCAAUAUACAACAUGACUCUAAAAAAAUAUAGAAGGAGGAGUUUCUCAAAUCAAUUUGAUCACAAAGCCCCUAGCUCCUGUUACUGUGGCUCGUCUGAUGGUCUAAGAGCACCUCUGGACAUGCUGGGAGAGCUCUGUUGCUGGAUCUCUCAGCUUGUGAAGGAGCUAGUAUGGUGGCCUCUUAGGCAGUCCUGGAGGUCAGCUUCAUUGGUGGUCUUUAGGGAAAGCAAAGCUUUGGGGACUGGGGACAGGAGGCUUUCAAGCCCUCCUUUGAGGGCCACUGGCUCCUCCCCUAGGGGGUGAGAGGCUCCUCCUCUCAGGUCACCCACCCUUUCUCCAGUGACUGUCAUUUCCACCUCGCCCCUCACCCCAACCUCCAUCCACCUUCUAUCCUCCCUAACUUUGGCUGUCACCACUGAUCUGGUCCCUCCCCCACUGCAGCCUCUUCCUGUCUACUCCUCAUGUUAUAAUUAGGAGCAGAAACAUACCAGGCCAGGCAUCUUCUAUAAACCUAAAAGAAAUUUGAAAAAACAUGUGUCCCCUCCACACUCCAAGUUAUCUAAUGGUAUUCAUCAUAACGUAAAUUGUUGCAAAGGUUAAAUUUCUAAUGUAUUCUAAAUAGUCCCACUUUAAUACAAUUAUUCUUUUUUAAUUCCAAAAGAGAGUUUUAAAAGAUGUUUUUAGAGUAGUUACAUCACUAAAUCAAAUGCUUUUUACCGUUUCUGAAUCUUUCUUCAAGACUGGCACUUCAGGCAAGAUUUUGAGGGAUGUGUUCAAAGCUCUCAGCUUUGAACACAAAGCUCACAAGAACUUGCCCUCAAUCUUCCUGCAGGAGUCUCUCAAUUUUUCCAAGUCAGGCAGUGAGAAUGAUUGAAAGUCACCAUGGGGUACUGGGCUGGGGCUGGCUGUAGCUCUGUGCAGAAUUUCAGUCGAAGGUAUUUCGGGCUAUUUGCUUUGGGACCUGCCAAUGAACUUGCUGUGUGGGCAGCUGAGCAGCAAUGGCAGGUGAGCAGGGUGGAUUUGAUUAAGUACAUUAUUCUUUUCAUGCAUCCAGUGGCAUCUAAAUACCAGAGAGAUUUAACAUAUACUGUCAUCCAUUUAAAAGUAUAUAAAAGCAGGCUCUUUACAGUUUUACAUAACUCCUUUUCUCCUUGAAUACCUAUUCUACUUCUCCCACAGAAUUUUACCAAUACAAAUAUUUUUCUUCUCAGAAGUCUUUCACUGAUCACGAUAUUAUCUGUUCCUGCAGCAAAAAUAUUUGUGAAACAGAAAUAUGACUUUUUUCUAGAUUUAGUUAUUAGUAGUACUCAACUGAUCAAAAGAAAUAAAUUACACACUUUUUUUUUUUUUUUGUCCAUGCCAUAGGCUUGCAGGAUCUUAUUUCCCUCACCAGGGAUCGAACCCAGGCCCUGGCAGUGAAAGUGCUGAGUCCCAAACACUAGAUUGCCAGGGAACUCCCUACACACUUUAACAGUUAAUUACUAAAUAACAAAAUUUUCAUUACAAAAUUUAGAUGAGAUUGUUGCUUCCCCCCCACCAAAAAAAGCUCAUGUAUCCAUGGAUAAACAUUACUUAUUGCUAGAAUAAGACCGGAUUCAAGAUCAGUUUCUUUUUUUGGGGGGAGAGGGUUGUCUGUUAUUCAAUUUUAUUUUUAAAAAUUUUUAUUGGGGUAUAACUGAUUUACAAUGUUGUGUUAUCAACAUCAAUUUCUAUUUCUUUUUUUUUUUUUUUUUUUUGCGGUACACGGGCCUCUCACUGUUGUGGCCUCUCCCGUUGCGGAGCACAGGCUCUGGACGCGCAGGCUCAGCAGUCAUGGCUCACGGGCCCAGCCACUCCGCGGCAUGUGGGAUCUUCCCGGACUGGGGCAAGAACCCGUGUCCCCUGCAUUAGCAGGCGGACUCUCAACCACUGCGCCACCAGGGAAUUAAUAUUUAUGAAUGGAAGCACUGAGAAAUCUUGUUCACAUAAAUAAGCAAAUGGAAAUGAAAGGUUAUUUGUUAUAUCAGGGGCACUCAAUUCUUUGAAUUUCUUCUGAAUUAAACCAAAAAUGACGUAGUGGUUUGAAUUAAAAUCAAAAGUUACCGUUUAAUGAUCUUAUAUUACCUUCCUGGCCCUCACAACAGCUUCCAUAAAAAUAACAUAAUAACAACUACAGUUAUUAUAAGUAUUAUAUUAUGUAAUAAUAUAAUAAUAGUCAUUGUAAUAAGGACCAUGUGCCUGACGAUCUGGUACCUUCACCAACAAGACUGGGUGCCUGUCACCCAUCCUGCCCUUCCUCCACCUGCUUCUCUGCCAGGGCCUCUCUUGGAAAUUCUCUGGAGAAUGGUGGGGGCCACUCUAUGGCAGACCUCCAGCAUCAGCUGGCAGUCUGUGUUCUCUUGGGACAAGAGUCUGGCCUCUGUCCCCGUCCCUGCUGCCCUGGCCACUUCACAUGUGGGCUUAUUCCCACUCCUGGCAAGGAAGCACACGACAAGAGCAGAGGUCCCCAGAGCCCUGGCUCAGGCCUGGACACAUAGUAGAUUCUCAAUAAAUGUUGGCCCAACUUGGCCUCCUCCCACCCUUCCCACCUCACAGGCUGACCCUCAAAUGUCCUUGUAGUAGUGGUGACGAUGAUGAUGAUAAUGAUGACAGCAGAGUGAUAAGAACAGCUAAUAUUUAUUGAGGGCUUGCUAUGUGCCAGGUAUAGUUGGCCAUGUGUAUCUGUGGGUUCCAUUUCCGUGGAUUAAACCAACCGUAGAUCGAAAAUAUUUGGGAAGAAAAUCCCAGAAAGUUCCAAAAAGCAAAACUUGAAUUUGCUGUGUACCAGCAAAUAUUUACAUAGUAUUUACAUUGUAUUAGGUGUUAUAAGUGUCUAGAGAUAAUUUAAAGUAUACAGGAGCAUAUGCAUAGGUUAUAUGCAAAUACUAUGCCAUUUUAUUUUUUUUUAAUUUGCGGUACGCGGGCCUCUCACUGUUGUGGCCUCUCUCGUUGCGAAGCACAGGCUCCGGACGCACAGGCUCAGCGGCCAUGGCUCAUGGGCCUAGCCGCUCUGUGGCAUGUGGGAUCUUCCUGGACUGGGGCACGAACCCGGUUGAGGUUGAGGCGGACUCUCAACCACUGUGCCACUAGGGAAGCCCCUUUUUUAAAAUUUUUAUUUAUUUAUUUUUAUUUUUUCUAUUUCUUGGCUGGGCCACGUGGCAUUCGGGAUCUUAGUUCUCCGACCAGAGAUUGAACCUGUGCCCCCUGCAGUGGAAGCACGGUGUCUUAAACAGUGGACCACCAGGGAAGUCCCUAUGCCAUUUUAUAUAAGGGACUCGAGCAUCCACGGAUUUUGGUGUCCAUGGAGGUUCUGGAACUAACCUCGCACGGAUACCAAGGGAUAACUAUACUUUACAUACAAUAUCUCAUUGACGUUUUAUAUCAUCCCCUGAAUUAAGUACUGAUAACUUACAAAUGAAGAAACUGAGGCAUGGAAAGUUUGUCCAAGCUCAUACAACCAAGAAGUAGUGGUACCAGGAAGAACUGCCUAUAUAAUUUGUGGGACCCAGCACAAAAAGAAAAUCAGCGUCCCUUGUUCAAAAAUUUAAUCAUUUCAAGACAGCAAUGGCAGAACAUUGAAGCAAGCAUGGGGCCCCUGCGUGACUACACAGGUCUGUGCCCAUAGAGCAGGCCCUGGUUCCGGAAUCUGAACCCAGAAUUCUGAAUCCAGAGCCCACCAGACUCUGUGCUUGGAGAAAGUAAUAGGAAUCACUAUGAUUUACUGAGCUCCUGCUAUGUGCAUUGUGCGAAAUCUAAAAAAACCUUCACAACAACCCUGAGGUAACAGGAGGCAUUGUUACCCUCAUGUUUAAGCGGGAGGAAACCAAGCUUUAGGGAAAUUGAAUUACCACCCAGGGUUAUCAAGCGGAGUCAGGAUUUGAACACAGGACCAAACCUGAAGCCUGAGUCUUCAUGUCACACAGCGUCUUUCUAGAAGGAUCACAAAGGCAGGAACUAAAAUGGGGCUGGGCAUGACUCAAAUGAUCUCUUAGGAACUUUGACCAAGGGGCCUGUCACUGGGGGUCCAGCCGCUGCUUCGCUCAGGACCGGAAGGCAUCCCAGGUCUGCAGAUAUUUCCAGCGAGGCUUCUGCUUCCACGGAGAUGGAUGCAGCUACCGGCACCUGCAGCCUCCCUGCCACCUGCAGCCUCCCCACCACCUUGAGCGGUGCCGCCGCCAUUCGGAGCCACACAUCACCCUGUCAGGCCCCCCGCAGGGACUGACCCGCAGGGGCUCCGAGCCCUCCUACCUGCCCUCUGUGACUGCCGGAUGGGGUUGGGCCGGGGCCUACCAGGGCAUGGAGCCUGGCCUGGAGGAGUUGUUCAGCAAGGCUGAGGACAUUGGUGGCAGCUCCUGGAAGUCCCUGUCCCUAGCAUGUGAGUCAUCAGGGGUACUGCAGGUGGGCACAACUGAGAUCUGAGACCAGGGUCCCUGCUCUGUCUCUGAGCAAGGUUUAUAUUUCCUUCCGCCCCCUCCCUCCUCAAUAUUCCCAGCCAGAGGGAAAUUUUCCUCUGGCUCUGUUGCUCUCUGUGUUCUAGAAGCAGAAUACCAUGGUGCCUGUGGAGUCAAACCACCUAGUUUCAAAUGCUGGCUCCACCACUUAGGAACUGUGUGACCUUGAACAAGUCACUUAACCUCUCUGAGUCUCAACUGCCUCAUCUGCUAAAGGGCACUGAUAAUAGCACCUACUCACAGGGUCUUGAUGAGUUCGUAUAUGUGAUGUGCAUAGCACAGUACCUGGCACAGAGUAAACACUAAAUACUAGUAGUUAUUUUUAAAAUUAUUGCUCUAAUUCAGUGCUGUCCAACAGAAAUAUGUUACAUAUGGAAUUUUUUUCCUUAACAUCUUUAUUGGAGUAUAAUCGCUUUACAAUGGUGUGUUAGUUUCUGCUGUAUAACAAAGUGAAUCAACUAUACAUAAACAUAUAUCCCCAUACCUCCUCCCUCUUGUGUCUCCCUCCCACCCUCCCUAUCCCACCCCUCUAGGUGGACACAAAGCACCAAGCUGAUCUCCCUGUGCUAUGUGGCUGCUUCCCACUAGCUAUCUGUUUUACAUUUGGUAGUGUAUAUAUGUCCAUGCCACUCUCUCACUUUGUCCCAGCUUACCCUUCCCCCUCCCCGUGUCCUCAAGUCCAUUCUCUAUGUCUGCGUCUUCAUUCCUGUCCUGCCCCUAGGUUCUUCAGAACCAUUUUUUUUUUUAGAUUCCAUAUAACAUAUGGAAUUUUUUGUAUCAGCUUUAUUGAGAUAUAAUUCACAAACCAAAAAAUUCACCAACUUAAAGUGUACGAUUCAAUGUAAUACAGUAUAUUCAGAGUAGUACAAACAUUAGCACUGUUUUUUUAAAUUAAUUUUUAUUGGAGUAGAGUUGAUUUGGAACGUUGUGUUAGUUUCUGUUGUACAGCAAAGUGAAUCAGUUAUACAUAUAUCCAUGCUCUUUUAGAUUCUUUUCCCAUAUAGGUAGUUACAGAGUACUGAGUAGAGUUCCCUGUGCUGUACAGUAGGUUCUUAUUAGUAGUACUAUUUAAUUCUAGAAGAUUUUCAUUACCCCAAAAAGAAGCCCAUUAGCAAUCACUCUCCAUCCACAACCCCUCCCAGCCAUUGGUAAACACGAAUCUAUUUUCUGGCUCUGUGGAUUUGCCUCUUCUGGACAUUUCAUAUAAAUGGAAUCAUACAAUAUAUGGCCUUUUUGUGUCUGGCUUCUUUUAUUUAGUAUAAUAUUUUCUAGAUUUAUUCAUGUUGCAGCAUAUAGAAGUACUUCAUUUCCUUUUAUGGCCAAAUAAUAUCCCAGGAUAUGGAUAUAUACCACAUUUUGUUUUAUUCAUUCACCAGUUGAUGGAUACUUGGGUUGUUUUUGCUUUCUGGCUAUUAUGAAUAAUGUUGCUAUGAGCACUUAUGUACAAAUUUUUGUGCGGAUGUAUAUUUCCAUUUCUCUUGGGUAUAUACCUAGGAGUGGAGUUACUGGAUCAUAUGUUAACCCUAUGUUUAAUAUUUUGAGGAACCACCAAACUGUUUUCCAAAGUGGUUGCACCAUUUUACAAUUCACGCAUGUAAAUAAAAUUUUUCUAGCAGCCUCAUUUUAAAAAAAGGAAAAAGAAGUGAAAUUAAUUUUAAUAUUUAACCCAGUAUAUCAAAAAUUACAUAUCCAAUAUCAUUUCAAUAUGUAAUUAAUAUAAAAAGUUAAUAAUGAAACAUUUUAGAGAUUUUUGGUAUUCAGCUUCAAAAUCUCAUGUGUAUUUUACACUAUGACACAUCUGAAUUCAGACUAGCUCCAUUCCAGGUGCUUGAUAGCCACAUGUGGCAGGUGGCUAUCAUAUUGAAUAGCACAGGUCUAAACAGUUGUGUUAGAGACAUAAUUCUGAGUAGACUCUGAACUACUGGUGGACAGAACUUUACACACCCUCAGGGCCUUGCAUGCAGCAGACGCUUAGGAGAUACCACAUGAAUGAGUAAAUGAAUGAAUGGAUCCAGUUUUCCCCAACAGCUGCUGAUGGUGAUCACAGCUACUUCCCGAAGUCUCAGCCUAUGUCAGACCCUGUCCAGGAGCUCCUGGCCCCACUUCAAAGCCUGGACCUUGAGGUGCAGCAGGUAGUGGAGGGGGAGGGGAAGAGGAUGCCAUGCUGGACCUCUGGGAUGCCCAUACCUGCUGGAGGAGGGCUCUGUGUUCCCUGGGGCCGUAUUUGGGGUGACAGUGUGUGUGUGUGGGGGGCAGGGUGGGGGCUGAAGGGAGGAUGUGCUCUGACCCUGCCUGUGGCUGCAGAGGGUGCAGGACAGUCGGGACAUCGUGUGUGGCAUCUGCAUGGACAAGGUGUGGGACAAGCCAGAGGCCAAGCGGAUUUUUGGCAUCCUGCCCAACUGCAGCCACCCCCACUGCCUGGGCUGCCUGCGUACCUGGCGGAAGAGCCGAGGGGACUUCCCGCUGGGUGUCAUCAAGGCCUGUCCCCAGUGCCGUGUCCCUUCCAGCUACAUCAUUCCCUGCAAAUUCUGGGUGAGCAAGGGGCCUAAGAAGGAACAACUCAUCAGGAACUUCAAGGCUCGGACCAGCCAGAUUCGAUGCCGGUUCUUCAUGCGGGGGAAUGGCCGCUGCCCCUUCAAGUCGGACUGCAUUUACCUGCACCAGCUCCCAGAUAAGGCCCCGACUUCUGAUCCUCCCUGGCCCGGGAGUAUGCAGCUGGCCUCUGUGGUGGGCAAAACAGCGUUCCUAGGGGGCACCGAGCCAGAGGAGGAAGUGUUCUUCAUGGACUGUGCCCUGACCAUGGCCUUCUGGGGUUCAGAACUCCUCCUGGACCCCAACAGUUCUUACCACUGCCUCCUGUAACCAGGAUCAACCUGUGGGGGGAGGAGGCUGAGGGACAGGGGUUGCCAGGUGGUAGGUCUUUUCCCUUUGGAGCUUGGUGGGGGAUGAAAGUAGCAAGUGCCCCACACCCAUGAACUGCAGCAGUGACACAGCUGGGGAACAUGGGGAGGGGGGAUGGCUCUCGGGAAAGAGGAAGGGUUCUCACCCUCUUGCCAGGGACUUGGUUUUUAACUUUACUCUUUUGUAGAAGGAUUCUGAAAGAAAACCAAUAAAGUGCACCUAAGCCAUCACUGCUGGUGUCUGAAGAGUGUCUGCUUAUAGCCCAGGUGCACCCUCACCCCUACCCCCACCAAGGGUUUCUUCUGCAUUUAAUCUGUUGCAAUAUCACCUGUCACUUAGCCGUUGGAAAACUUCACUUUAUGCUCAUAAGAGAAUGAGAACAGAAAGGGCAAAUAAUGUAGUUAUCAUAAAAAUAGUAAUGUCAGAGAUCCCGUGAAAGGGUCUCAAGGAUUCCCCCUUGGAAUCCUCGUGGAUUCCAAGUGUGGUUCAAGAACCACACUUGGAAGUUUUCUCCCUAUUCUCCUCCCCAUUGGCUAGAAUGCAGACCCUGGUGGGCAUGAACCAGAGCCACCACGAUAAGGCUGGAGUUGAGGAUGGGCAGGGCAUUGAAGGCUGUUUAGCAUUCUUGGCCCCGCCCACUACUUAUCAGGGCCUCCACCCCUUUGCCCCCAACAUCAUUUGGUCAUUUGAAGACCAAAACCAUCUCCUAUGAAGUUAGAACUGAUAAACUGAGAUAGAGGUUCCUGGAAGAAACUUAUUUCCCACUCUUUUGCCCUUUGCAAAGCAGGCACUAUCUAAGACAGAGGUCCCCACCCCCCGGGCCACGGACCGACACCAGUCCGUGGCCUGUUAGGAACCAGGCCGCGGAGCAGGAGGUGAGCGGUGAGCGGAAGAUUCAUCUGUGUUUACAGCCGCUCCCCAUGGCUCACAUUACCGCCUGAGCUCCGCCUCCUGUCAGAUCAGCGGUGGCAUUAGAUUCUCAGCGGGGCUCGAACCCUACUGUGAACUGCGCAUGCGAGGGAUCUAGGUUGCGCGCUCCUUAUGAGACUCUAAUGCCUGGUGAUCUGAGGUGGAGCUGAGGCGGUGAUGCUAGCACUGGGGAGCAGCUGAAAAUACAGAUUAUCAAUAGCAGAGGGGUUUGACUGCACAGAGACCAUAAUAAAUCAACUGCUUGCAGACUCAUAUCAAAACUCUAUCAGUGAGUGGCAAGUGACGAUGAAGCCGCACCUAAUGGAGUAGACUGGACAUAAGCAACACACUUCGGGUGUCACUGUUUCCCGUCACCCCCAGAUGGGACCAUCUAGUUGCAGGAAAACAAGCUCAGGGCUCCCACUGAUUCUGCAUUAUGGUGAGUUGUAUCAUUGUUUCAUUAUAUAUUACAGUGUAAUAAUAAUAGAAAUAAAGUGCACAAUAAAUGUAAUGCGCUUGAGUCAUCCCCAAACCAUCCACCCCACCCCCACCCCCAUCCUUAGAAAAAUUGUCUUCUGUGAAACCGGUCCCUGGUGACAAAAAUUUUGGGGACCACUGAUUUAAGAAAUACUCCGUAGUCUUUUCCAACAGCUCUCUUAAAAUCUUUUUUUUUUUUUUGCAGUAU